AUGGGACUUCAAUCGCAGAAGCACGAAAAAGGGGUCUCCGCCGAGAAAGAAAGCAAGUUGAAGCAGAAGAGCAGCAAAAGCAAGUUUGUUGGGGUGAGACAAAGGCCGUCUGGAAAAUGGGUGGCAGAGAUCAAGGACACAACAAAGAAGAUCAGAAUGUGGCUAGGAACCUUUGAAACUGCUGAGGAAGCUGCUCGAGCUUAUGAUGAAGCUGCAUGCCUUCUUCGUGGUUCGAAUACCAGAACUAACUUCACCAGUACUCAUGUUGCGUCCAACUCUCCACUCUCUUUGAAAAUAAAGAACCUCCUCAACCACAAAAAGAGCUUGACACAACAAAGCUCUUCAACCCCCAACACUAUAAAACCCACCCCCAUAGCUAGUACUAGAGUUAGUAGUACUAUUACUGAUAGCAAUAUUCAUAGUCUUAGUUACUACAAUGGUCAUUGCAGCUCUCUACCUAGUUUCAAAUCCCACAACAUUGAGGUGUAUGGCGAUGCAUAUAGACCAGACCUCAGCAACUGCAUUGGGAAUUCUCAAGUGCCAACUAUGUUGCACCUGGAUCAACCUUGGCAAUUCUUGAGUGGGUUUGAUCAGCUUCAACAUAACCAUGAAAGGUUGGAUUUAAGUCAUUUAACAGAAGGCUUCGCCAGUGGAGAGUCACACGGUGCAGCAGAGUCAAAUCAGGAGACAGAAGCCGAGUACACAAAGGUAGAAAGGCAGAUAACUUCAGCUUCAUUUUAUGCAAUGAACGGAGUCAACGAAUUUCUGGAGAAUACAUAUGAUGAUGCUCUGUGGGAUCUUCCUACCCUGUCUCAGUUGUUUUGCCUUGGCUGA